GCUGGGCAGCUCCAAGCUGCUGUAUACUGGCCGGCGAGGCCUGUGCCGAGAUGCCGCUGUUAUACGCGGUGCGGCGGCGCGGCCCCUGACAGCGCCAAAGCGACGCCGUCAAUUUGACUUUUUUUGUGUGAUUUUGGAUUUAUUUUUCUUGUAAUAUUAGUGUUUUUAGUGUUUUUAGCCUAUAAGUGUAAAUAAAACGAGCCGCAGCACGCAGAUGCGCAGCGGGAAUGAUAUGGAUUAUAGUGCAUGUCAAUCUUCUGGAUCACUGGAUGCCCUAGAGAGAUGCCCCCUGUGCCCCCAAGCUCGUUUCUUCAGAGGUCGACACCUGGUCACAGCCAUAGGCUCCUUCAGGAGCGGCUCCGCAGGCGGCCUCGACGGCUUGAGUCCGCAACACCUGAAGGAUCUCACCUGCCCAAGCGCCGGGGAAGCAGGUGAGUCGCUCUUGAAGGAGCUUACGGCCCUGACCAACCUUAUGCUCUCCGGCAAGGUGGACGAAACCGUCAUAGACGUUUUGUAUGGAGCAAACCUCUGUGCUUUGCGCAAGAAGGAUGGCGGUAUUCGUCCAAUUGCCGUGGGGACCACUUAUCGUCGUAUGGCAGCCAAAAUCUGCUGUAAAUUUUAUAGUGAGGACGUUUCGGAAAAAUUUCAGCCCCUGCAGCUAGGUUAUGGCUCGAAAGGGGGCUGCGAGGCUGCCGUACACGCCCUGUCGACCUACCUAAAUUAUGGGAACGGAGAUGUCAUCUUGAAGGUUGACAUUAAGAACGCAUUCAACUCGGUAUUCACGUUUUAG